AUGUCGCCGGAGAAAAAGUAUGUGAUGGAGGUGGAGAAGGGUAAAGAGGCGGCCGACGACGGUCGGUCUGUGGGGCCCGUUUACCGUAGUAUUUUUGGAUUUUCUAAUACUCGUGAAGGAAUUGAUAGCUGUUGGGAUAUUUUCAGUACAUCUGUGGAGAAAAAUCCUAAUAAACAAAUGCUUGGGGAACGUGAGACUGUUAAUGGCAAGGAUGGUAAAUAUGUGUGGAUGACAUACAAAGAAGUAUAUGAUGUAGUAAUGAAAGUUGGAGUUUCCAUCCGCACAUGUGGUGUUGGACAGGGAAGUAGAUGCGGAAUUUACAGCAUCAAUUGCUCAAAAUGGAUCAUAAGCAUGCAGGCCUGCAAUGCUCAUGGAAUAUACUGUGUUCCAUUAUAUGACACUUUAGGUGCUGGUGCAGUGAAGUACAUCAUAUGUCAUGCAGAAAUCUCAAUUGUUUUUGCUGAAGAGAAAAAUAUUCUUGAGGUCCUGAAGACAUGUCCUAAUGUCUCACACUGCUUAAAGACUCUUGUCAGCUUCGGAGAGGUAACAGCCGAACAAAAAUUGAAAGCUGCAGAGUUUGGUUUGUCAAUACACUCUUGGGAUGAUUUUCUGCAGUUGGGAAAGAAGAAACAAUUUGAUCUUCCAGUAAAGAAGAGAACAGAUGUCUGCACAAUAAUGUAUACAAGUGGGACAACUGGUGACCCAAAGGGAGUAAUACUUACUAAUGGAAGUGUUCUCUCAAUCAUUUCUGGAGUACAUCAUUCCCUUGAAAGCAUGAAUCAAAAGGUUCUUGAGGUAGAUAUAUUUUAUUCCUACCUUCCUUUAGCACACAUAUUUGAUCGAGUAAUGGAGGAAGUGUUCAUUUCCAUUGGCGCUGCCAUUGGAUUUUGGCGUGGGGAUCCUAAACAGUUGAUGGAAGAUAUCAAAGAGCUAAAACCAACGGUUUUCUGUUCUGUUCCUCGCGUACUGGAUAAAAUGUAUGCAGGUCUAAUAGAGAGGACAUCAUCUGUAUCAAUCCUCAGAUAUGCAAUAUUUAAGCUUGCUUAUGCAUACAAACUGCAUUACAUGAAAAAAGGAUACAAGCAUGUAGAGGCAGCUCCAGGUUUUGACAAAAUUGUCUUUAGUAAGAUAAAGGAUGCUUUUGGAGGAAAUAUUCGUCUCAUUCUAUCUGGAGGAGCGCCACUCGCUACUCCGGUGGAAACCUUUUUACGCGUGGUUACUGGUGCUCAUGUUCUUCAAGGAUAUGGCUUGACAGAGACAUGUGCAGGGUCAUUUGCUGGGUUACCAGAUGACCUAUCAAUGAUUGGUACGGUCGGCCCUCCAAAUCCAAAUAUUGAUGCACGCUUAGAAUCUGUCCCUGAACUGGGAUAUGAUGCAUUAUCCAAUCCUCCCCGUGGCGAGAUAUGCAUGCGCGGUGAUGCCUUGUUUUCGGGUUAUUAUAAACAAGAGGAUCUCACCAAAGAAGUGUUGAUUGAUGGAUGGUUUCAUACAGGUGAUAUUGGGGAGUGGCAACCUAAUGGAAGCAUGAAAAUCAUUGACCGCAAGAAGAACAUAUUCAAGCUUUCCCAAGGAGAAUAUGUUGCGGUUGAGAAAUUGGAGAACAUUUUUUCACGUGUUACAUGCAUUGAUGCGAUGUGGGUUUAUGGAAACAGUUUCAAAUCCUUCCUUGUGGCUGUAGUCAAUCCCAACAAGGAACUCUUAGAAAGAUGGGCUGAAGUAAAUGGAGUGAAAGGGGAUUUCAGUUCAAUAUGUGAGAAACCAGAAGCAAGAGCAUAUGUUCUUGAAGAACUGAACAAAAUGGCGAAAGAAAACAAGGUUAGAUGUCUUUAUUGA